GCGGCCUGGCUCUAGCCCGGGCGCGGGGCUCCGGCCGCGGCCAUGGAGCAGCGGCUGCGCGCGCUGGAGGAGCUGGCGCGGGGCGAGGCCGGCGGCGGCCCGGGGCUCGACGGCCUCCUGGAUCUGCUGCUGGGGCUGCACCACGAGCUCAGCAGCGCCCCCCUGCGGCGGGAGCGCAGCGUGGCGCAGUUCCUGAGCUGGGCCAGCCCCUUCGUCACGAAGGUGAAAGAGCUGCGGCUGCAGAGAGAUGACUUUGAGAUCUUGAAGGUGAUCGGCCGAGGGGCCUUCGGGGAGGUCGCCGUGGUGAGGCAGAGGGACAGUGGGCAGAUUUUUGCCAUGAAAAUGCUGCACAAAUGGGAGAUGCUGAAGAGGGCUGAGACGGCCUGUUUCCGGGAGGAGCGGGAUGUGCUGGUGAAGGGGGACAGCCGCUGGGUGACUGCUCUGCAUUAUGCCUUCCAAGACGAGGAGUAUCUGUACCUAGUGAUGGACUACUAUGCUGGUGGGGACCUCCUCACUCUGCUGAGCCGCUUCGAGGACCGCCUCCCGCCCGAGCUGGCCCAGUUCUACCUGGCUGAGAUGGUACUGGCCAUCCACUCGCUGCACCAGCUGGGCUACGUCCACAGGGAUGUCAAGCCGGACAAUGUCCUGCUGGACAUGAAUGGACACAUCCGCUUGGCUGACUUUGGCUCCUGCCUACGUCUCAACAACAGUGGCAUGGUGGAUUCAUCCGUGGCAGUGGGGACCCCAGACUACAUCUCCCCUGAGAUCCUGCAGGCCAUGGAGGAGGGCAAGGGCCACUACGGCCCACAGUGCGACUGGUGGUCGCUAGGAGUCUGCGCUUACGAGCUGCUCUUCGGGGAGACGCCCUUCUACGCCGAAUCCCUGGUGGAAACCUAUGGCAAGAUCAUGAACCACGAGGACCACCUGCAGUUCCCCUCGGAUGUGCCCGACGUGCCAGCCAGUGCCCGAGACCUGAUCCGCCAGCUGCUGUGCCACCAAGAGGAGCGGCUGGGCCGCGGAGGGCUGGAUGACUUCCGGAACCACCCCUUCUUCGAAGGCGUGGACUGGGAGCGGCUGGCGACCAGCACUGCCCCCUACAUCCCUGAGCUUCGCGGGCCCAUGGACACCUCCAACUUCGACGUGGAUGAUGAUACUCUCAACCACCCAGGGACCUUGCUGCCACCCUCUCACGGGACCUUCUCGGGCCACCACCUGCCAUUCGUGGGUUUCACCUACACCUCAGGCAGUCCAGGCCCCGAGAGCAGCUCUGAGCAGGUGGCUGCCCUGGAGCAGAGGCUCCAUUGUCUGGAGCAGGAGAAGAGGGAGCUGAGCCGGAAGCUCCAAGAGGCCCUGCAGAUCCCCUCAGACCACCGGGAGCUGGAGCAGCUGCGGAAGGAAGUGCAGACUCUCCAGGACAGGCUGUCAGAGAUGCUGAGGGACAGCAAGGCCCCCUUGUCUCGGGCAGAUCAUAGCCCAGGCCAGGACAGUGACCUACAGCAGGAGAGAGACCGGCUCCUCCAGGAGCUUGCCGAGGCUCGGGCACAGCUGCAGACGCAGGAGCAGGAACUACGCAGAGCCCAGGGCCGGCAGGAGGAGCUGCUCCAGGGCCGGCAGGAGGCCCAGGACAGAGAGGCGGCCACAGCCAGCCAGGCCCAGGCCCUGAGCUCCCAGCUGGAGGAAGCCCGGGAUGCCCGGAGGGAGCUGCAGGCCCAGGUGGCCACCCUGACCCGGGAGGUGACUCGGCUCCAGAGAGAGCAGGAGCGAAGCCUGGAGAAGGAGCCAUCCCAGGUCAAGACUGUCCACAGCACCUCUGAGACCAACGGCAUGGGGUCGCCAGAGGGCGGGCCGCAGGAAGCCCAGCUGAGGAAGGAGGUGGCCGCGCUCCGUGUGCAGCUGGAGCAGGCCCACAGCCACGGGCCGAGUGGGAAGGAGGAGGCCCUGUGCCGGCUGCAGGAGGAGAACCAGCGGCUGAGCCAGGAGCAGGAGCGGCUGGUGGAAGAGCUGGAGCGGGAGCUGCAGAGCAAGCAGCAGCUGGAGGGCGAGCGGCGGGAGACGGAGAGCAAUUGGGAGGCCCAGCUCGCCGACAUCCUCAGCUGGGUUAACGAUGAGAAGGUCUCAAGGGGCUACCUGCAGGCCCUGGCCACCAAGCUGGCUGAGGAGCUGGAGUCCUUGCGGAAUGUGGGCACCCAGACGCUCCCUACGCGGCCACUGGUGAGCCCCGGAGACACCCUGGGAGGAGGGGGUGCCAGCCUCACUCCGCAGGUGGGGACACUGAGCUCACGGAAGAUCAGUGACUUGCCUAAGCUCACAGCGGAUCAGUGGCAGAGCUGGGGCUUUGAGCCUGGCCAGGACCACCAGUGGAAGGCACGGCGGCUGCAGAAGAUGGAGGCCUCGGCCAGGCUGGAGCUGCAGUCGGCGCUGGAGGCCGAGAUCCGGGCCAAGCAGAGCCUGCAGGAGCGGCUGACGCAGGCCCAGGAGGCCCAGCUGCAGGCCGAGAGCCGUCUGCAGGAGGCCGAGAAGCAGAACCAGAGCCUGAAGCAGGAGCUGGCUGCGCUUCGGGAGGAGCUGCGGGCCCGCGGGCCGGGAGACACCAAGCCCUCAAACUCCCUGAUUCCCUUCCUGUCCUUCCGGAGCUCAGAGAAGGAUUCCGCCAAGGACCCUGGCAUCUCAGGCGAGGCCCCGAGGCCGGGGGUGGAGCCGGAGCUGAGGCCAGAGGGCCGCCGUAGCCUGCGCCUGGGGGCUGUGUUCCCCAGAGCUCCUGCCACCACAGCCGCUGCAGACGGCCCUCCUGCAAAGCCCGGCUCUCACACGCUGCGCCCCCGGAGCUUCCCAUCCCCCACCAAGUGUCUCCGCUGCACCUCGCUGAUGCUGGGCCUGGGCCGCCAGGGCCUGGGCUGUGACGCCUGCGGCUACUUCUGUCACUCAACUUGUGCCCCACAGGCCCCACCCUGCCCCGUGCCCCCUGAACUUCUCCACGUGGCCCUUGGAGUACACCCCGAAACGGGCACGGGCACCGCCUACGAGGGCUUCCUGUCGGUGCCGCGACCCUCGGGCGUUCGGCGGGGCUGGCAGCGGGUGUUCGCUGCCCUCAGCGACUCACGCCUGCUGCUGUUCGAUGCCCCAGACCCGAGGCUCAGCCCGGCCAGCGGGGCCCUCCUGCAGGCACUGGACCUGAGGGACCCCCAGUUCUCGGCCACCCCUGUCCUGGCCUCUGAUGUGAUCCACGCCCAAUCCAGGGACCUGCCACGCAUCUUUAGGGUGACGGCGUCCCAGCUGACGGUGCCGCCUGCCACGUGCACCGUGCUGCUGCUGGCGGAGAGCGAGGGCGAGCGGGAGCGCUGGCUGCAGGUGCUGGGCGAGCUGCAGCGGCUGUUGCUGGACACGCGGCCGCGGCCCCGGCCUGUGUACACGCUCAAGGAGGCCUAUGACAACGGGCUGCCGCUGUUGCCCCACGCGCUCUGCGCCGCCAUCAUUGCCUCACAGCAGCUCUGUGAGAAAGACCAGGAACGGCUUGCUCUGGGCACUGAGGAGGGGCUGUUUGUGAUCCAUCUGCACAGCAAUGACAUCUUCCAGGUGGGCGAGUGCCGGCGGGUGCAGCGGCUAGCCAUGAGCCCCACUGCGGGCCUUCUGGUCGUGCUGUGUGGCCGUGGUCCCAGCGUGCGCCUCUUCGCCCUGGCCGAGCUGGAGAGUGCGGAGGCGGCGGGCGCCAAGAUCCCCGAGUCUCGAGGCUGCCAGGUGCUGGCAGCCGGACGCAUCCUGCAGGCCCGCACCCCCGUGCUCUGUGUAGCCGUCAAGCGCCAAGUGCUCUGCUACCAGCUGGGCCCAGGCCCAGGGCCCUGGCAGCGGCGCAUCCGUGAGCUGCAGGCACCAGCACCUGUGCAGAGCCUCGGGCUGCUGGGUGACCGGCUGUGUGUGGGCGCGGCUGGUGCCUUCAUGCUGUACCCGCUGCUCAACGAGGCUGCUCCCUUGGCACUGGGGGCCGAUCUGGUGUCUGAGGAGCUGCCACCGUCCCGCGGGGGCCUGGGCGAGGCGCUGGGCGCCGUGGAACUCAGCCUUAGUGAGUUCCUGCUCCUCUUCACCACCGCCGGGGUCUACGUGGACAGCGCCGGCCGCAAGUCUCGCAUCCACGAGCUGCUGUGGCCAGCAGUGCCCACGGGCUGGGUUUCCCACCCUGCAGGUUACGCAGCACCCUACCUGACAGUGUUCAGUGAGAACUCCAUCGACGUGUUUGACGUCAGGAAGGCAGAAUGGGUCCAGACGGUGCCACUCAAGAAGGUGCGACCCCUGAACCCAGAGGGUUCCCUGUUCCUCUAUGGCACCGAGAAGGUCCGCCUGACCUACCUCAGGAACCGGCUGGCAGAGAAGGACGAGUUCGACAUCCCCGACCUCACUGACAACAGCCGGCGCCAGCUGUUCCGCACCAAGAGCAAGCGCCGCUUCUCCUUCCGCGUGUCGGAGGAGCAGCGGCAGCAGCAGCGCAGGGAGAUGCUGAAGGACCCUUUUGUGCGCUCCAAGCUCAUCUCAUCGCCCACCAACUUCAACCACCUGGUGCACGUGGGCCCUACUGACGGGAGGCCCAGAGCCAGGGACCUGCCCCGGGCCCCGGAAGAGAAGGGCCGAGGGGCCCGCAGCUCCGGCCCGCAGCGGCCGCACAGCUUCUCGGAGGCCUCGCGGCGCCCAGCCUCUGUGGGCAGCGACGACCUCGCCGGAGACGCGGACCCCCUGAAGAGGAAGCCUUGGACAUCUCUGUCCAGCGAGUCCGUGUCCUGCCCCCAGGGAUCUCUGAGCCCCGCAGCCUCCCUGCUACAGGUCUCAGAACGGCCCCGGAGCCUCCCCCCAGCCCCUGAAUCAGAGAGUUCCCCUUGACACCCUGUGGCAGGGCCCACCCCAAUCCCAGGACCAGGAGACGUGAGGGAGCAAAGAGCUUGAGGAAUACCAUACUCCGGCUGGCCCGGGAUGUGUGAAAUUCGGACUCAGGGAGAGCCUCAGCUGGGCAGCGACUGGGGGGCCGGCCUGGGUUCUCAGGACCCGGGGGGCCUGACUUCCAGCCCCAAUCUGUGCCAGCCACUGGGAAUAGAAUGGCCCCCUUCUACUCUGGGGGCCCUGCUGUCCAAGGGUGAUUGUGCCAAAGCUCUUAUUUCCAGUGCUGAGCCCCAAGAGGCUUGUAAGCAAGAGUCGGGAUGAGGGACGGAGAAGGGCCAGGUCCCUGGGAGCAGUCUGGGGCCUUGGCUGCGGACUGCUAGCCCCCAGGUGAGGCCAGGCUGGGGCAUAUCCCAGUCUCUGCUCAGGGUCAGGGUGGGAAAGACGGGCUCCGAUCCAGAGGCAAGGAGGAUGGAGAAGGAGAGGGAAGGAUGUAGGUGAACGAGGUGAGAGAGGCAAGGGCAGAGGGAAGUAGAGGAGGAGGUGAUAGUGUUGGCGGAGGUGAGGGCCAUCGGAGGAGAAGGAGAGACGGAUACAGGGGGAGCGGUGGAGAAGAGGAGAGACAGGUGACGGAGAGGAGAGGGGUGGAGGGGAGAGGGAGCUGGAAGGAGAACACACACCCACGGGUCCUUUGUAGGGAGAAGCUUGGGGGGAACAGAGAGAGUCUCCAUGAACCACCUGACAUUGUCAUCUAAUCCGCCCAGGGGGAGAUAAUUCUUAGACAGGGAUGGGAUGUGGAGGGUAUUUAUAAGGGCUACUUGGUGGGAGACAGGCACCCGAUGGGGGCCGCUGGAGGGUCUCCAGGCACACUCUGGCACUUCCCAGAAAAGGAGGUCCUUUUUCUUAAAGCUUCAACCAACUGUGUAUUAGGGGAUCAUAGGGAGCAUUUUAUUAUUGAUCACAGUCAUUAUUAUUGUUAUUAUAUUACUAUUUUUAUUAAACUUCCCUCUACUGACGAGUGGGGGGCAAAAUAAGUAUUUAUCUUCUCAAAUGCCAUAUUCCCGGGAGGGAUUGACCCUGACGCUCUGUGAAGCAGUAAGAAACCAAUAAAGACAACUUUGUAAGUU